GCCUUGUCACUAGCGCUAUUUUCCCAAUGUCUGUCCAUCCAUCCAGACGCGACAUUUCCAAAUUUAUUGUAACCUCGAAUCUGAAGUAAUAAAUUUAAGCAUAUCCACGAAACCAUCAUCGAACAAUAAGAUGGCGUCCUCAGCAUCUAGAAUUGUUCAUCAAGAAUACAUUGCUCGCAUACGAUAUUCCAAUGCCUUACCACCGCCUCCAAAUCCUCCCAAGCUCCUCGAUAUCCCAAAUACUGGCCUUGCCAGUGGUCAAUAUACUACACCUGGAUUUGCUACAAGAUUAGCGCGAGACCAACCAUUAAAUAUCGAAGCCGAUGCGGAGCUUGGUAUGCCAUUAGACCUGGUGGGAAUGCCAGGUAUAUUUGACGGAGAUGAGAGCUCUAUACAAGCACCAUUACAUCCUCCACAACUUCAUCCUCAUGAUCGUGCUCUCCUCAGACCAUUGGCGACAUUGGGCAAGCCCAAAUUCUCCGACACGGGAGUCUCGUUUUUGCGACGCACCGAAUAUAUCUCUUCUGGCUUCACCUCGAAAGCGCGGAUGGAAGGCACCACCUCAGCAAAAGGACUUGUUGACACACGAAAACCAAAACCUGUUCAAAACUUACCAGCUGAUCGCGAAUCUCCUGCAUACAUUAAGGCACAGGUUGAGAAGGGCUUCGAAACCGCCGCUGCCAAUCUCAAGGAUCGCACCCGAGUCCGACAUCCUACCAAGCGGAAUGUUCAACUAGUCAAUGCAGUCCCUCUUAUACCAGAUCUUGAUGCUUUCCCAGAUGCAGGCGGAUAUGUCCUGUUGAAGUUCCUCACCAACCCGGUUCCUCCAAGCUCUACCUACGACGCCCGGGUAGAGAGCAGUGUUUUAAGACCCGCUGACCCCACCGAGGCAGAACUCGAAAUGAAAGAAGCCGCUAGACAAGCUUAUGAAUUGGACCCCCAUAAUAACCCACCUCCGGACGAAAAGAUACAAUACGAAAUGUUCAUGCCAGAUACGGUUACCGAUGCCAAGAAUAUCAAACGGAAAUUCGAUGUUCUGGAUCCUGAACACGACGAUAGGGAUUUGUAUUCACAAUUUGAUGAGGAAACGGGCAAAGGAGCGUUCAGACUGAAAAGACUCCGUGGUUAUGAGACAGUUCAAACGAGUGGUGGGACAGAUGACAAAUAUGAUGAAUAUGUGGUGAUAGCUAUGCACGAUGGAACCGAUGGAUUACACCAAAAAGCUGCCCAUUACUAUCCUGUUGUUCAACGAAGUUCUAUCAGACCACAGAGAACCAAGAAUAUCCAAAAAAUGAGACACAAUAUUAGCGGUGAGGAAGAGGAAGUUUUGGAUAUGGUGGAUCUGAGUAUUGUUGACCCGGGUGCGGAGACGAAGCAGGUGAUGGAAGGGUUUAAGACUUGGCCAUAUGGAGAGAACCAUGAAGAUGAUGCAGAGAGAGAUGCAGCCGAAGUUGAGGAUGCGCUUUCCGAAGCAGAUGCCGAAGGCGAGGACGAUGAUCUGAAUUCGCCUGUACGACCCAGUUUGGGUGGAAAGACAAUUGCGUCUAGGGUGCAGAGUGACGAAGAAGAUGAUGAUGAGAAUGAGAGUUUACAUUCUGAGGAUUAGGAAAUAUUGACUUGGCGAGGACCGGGAUGGGAAACGGGAUAAGACUGUGGGAAGGAAAAUAGAGAUGAAACAAAGAAAGAAGCGAGAGAUAAUGGAAAAUGCAUAUAUGUGCAUAUUAAACGAAAAUCUAUCGGACAAUAGGCAAUUAAUCACACAGGUCUACUUUGAUUUCGCAUAGCAAGGGGCGGCGUUCUUUGAGGAUGGUUGUAAUUCUACGGAAGAGAAAGAUAUGAAUAAAAUGAUACCUACAUACA